AUGAUUGUUGAAUUUCGCAAGCUGUUCUUAUUCACACUCUUCCUCUCUCAGCAAUUAUCCUCCGGUUUUGUACAGUCAGCUCCAAAUGCUGAUACCCCUUCUUUCUACCUGGUCUCCAGCAGUGCAUCGUCCUCAAAUCUACUGCCACUCAGAAUGUCCGCUGGAGGCGGAGGUGGCCCAGCAUCUCUCCUUGGAAGUGGCACGCCAGCACGGUUCUACUUUUAUCAGGGGGAGCUUGCCGUACAUGACCCCGAUGACAGUUCAUUUCCGUACAGGCUUUUGAUUAACACUAUCCCAGCAGCUGGAGGAUGCACCAACUUUGGGGCACUUCAUUUUGUACAAGGGACCAGUACCAACAAAUGUGCCUCGUAUGAAUCAUUCCAGCUGCAAUCGAACCAGCAGGACAGUCAGCUUGGUGCCGAACUCGUCUUCAACUUUACUGGAGGUUUCUAUGUUUGUAAUAGUGGAGCAGAGGUAAGUUUUGUCUUGAAAACAGGAGUUUCGUUGAAGGAUUGCUCGAAGGUUUGGUAUAAAAUCAAUUCGGGUGAUGGGCCAAGCGAUUGCGUGCCAAUUCGUCUCUACACAGUCCCUGUGUAUUAA